AAACCCUAUGAUUUCGUUGGCAUUGGGUGGUGCUUGUUGCUGACGGAAUCUAGGGUUUGAGGAGCUCAGCUUCCGAUCUGAAUCUGAUAAAUUAUUGUUGAGCAAUGGCUGCUCAAGUAAAUUUUUCUGUUGGGUCUCAUGUUUGGGUUGAGGAUCCUGAGGUAGCUUGGAUUGAUGGAGAAGUUCUUGAAGCUAAUGAUGAAGAGAUUAAAGUAGAUUGCACCUCAGGGAAAACAGUUGUCGCCAAAAUAUCCAAUGUCUAUCCCAAAGAUCCGGAAUUUCCUCCAUGUGGUGUGGAUGAUAUGACAAGACUGGCUUAUCUACAUGAACCAGGGGUUCUGCACAAUUUAAAAUGUCGAUAUGACAUAAGCGAAAUAUAUACUUACACAGGAAAUAUACUGAUAGCUGUAAAUCCUUUUCGAAGGCUACCUCAUUUAUAUGAUAAUCACAUGAUGGAACAGUAUAAAAGGGCUGCUUUUGGUGAGCUGAGCCCACAUCCUUUUGCUAUUGCUGAUUAUGCAUACAGACUGAUGGUUAAUGAAGGAAUUAGCCAGUCAAUUUUAGUUAGUGGAGAAAGUGGAGCUGGUAAAACGGAGAGUACAAAGAUGCUUAUGCGUUAUCUUGCUUAUAUGGGAGGAAGGGCAGCAACUGAUGGGCGUUCGGUGGAACAACAAGUCCUAGAGUCUAAUCCCAUUCUUGAAGCAUUUGGUAAUGCAAAGACUGUCAGGAACAACAAUUCUAGUCGAUUUGGUAAGUUUGUGGAGCUUCAGUUUGACGCUAGGGGGAGAAUCUCAGGAGCUGCCAUUAGAACUUAUUUACUGGAACGAUCUCGUGUUUGUCAAGUAUCUGAUCCUGAAAGAAAUUAUCAUUGCUUUUACAUGCUUUGUGCUGCACCACCAGAGGAUGUCGAGCGAUACAAAUUGGGAAACCUGAGAAAAUUCCAUUAUUUAAAUCAAUCAAAUUGCUAUGAACUGGAUGGAGUUGAUGAUUCCAAGGAGUACGUUGCGACUAGGAAAGCUAUGGACAUUGUUGGGAUUGGCUCUGAUGAGCAGGAAGCAAUAUUUCGAGUUGUGGCGGCAAUACUCCACUUAGGGAACAUUGAAUUCACUAAGGGGACUGAAACUGAUUCAUCUGAACCUAAGGACAAGAAAUCUCGCUUCCAUCUUAAAACAGCAGCUGAACUUUUCAUGUGUGAUGAGAAGUCUCUGGAAGACUCUUUAUGCAAACGUGUGAUUCUGACCCGUGAUGAGACAAUAACAAAAUGUCUGGAUCCUGACUCAGCCACUGUCAGUAGAGAUGCUUUAGCCAAAAUUGUUUAUUCAAGAUUGUUUGACUGGAUUGUCAACAAGAUCAAUAACUCUAUUGGUCAAGAUCCUGAUUCAAAGCACUUGAUUGGGGUUCUAGAUAUUUACGGAUUCGAAAGUUUCAAGACAAACAGCUUUGAACAAUUCUGUAUCAAUUUGACAAAUGAAAAACUACAGCAGCAUUUCAAUCAGCAUGUUUUCAAGAUGGAGCAAGAAGAAUAUACAAAAGAAGAAAUUGACUGGAGUUAUAUAGAGUUCAUCGAUAAUCAGGACAUUCUUGAUCUAAUUGAAAAGAAGCCGGGAGGAAUCGUUGCUCUCCUGGAUGAGGCAUGCAUGUUUCCAAGGUCAACAAAUGAGACUUUUGCUCAGAAGCUUUAUCAAACGUUUAAGGACCAUAAACGAUUUAGCAAGCCAAAGUUGGCACGCAGUGACUUCACAAUUUGUCAUUAUGCUGGUGAAGUCACUUAUCAAACAGAACUCUUUCUUGAUAAGAACAAAGAUUAUGUUGUUGCGGAGCAUCAGGAUCUCUUGAGUGCGUCCAAGUGUUCUUUUGUUUCAGGCUUGUUCCCUCCUUUACCAGAAGAAUCUUCCAAAUCAUCAAAAUUCUCUUCAAUAGGUUCUCGAUUUAAGCAACAAUUGCAAGCUUUGCUCGAAACACUAAGUGUCACUGAGCCACACUACAUACGUUGUGUGAAGCCAAAUAAUCUGCUGAAGCCUGCUAUAUUUGAGAAUAAUAACAUUUUGCAGCAGCUUCGUUGCGGGGGAGUCAUGGAGGCAAUCAGGAUCAGUUGCGCUGGAUAUCCCACAAGAAAGCCAUUCAAUGAAUUUGCUAGUCGUUUUGGUAUCUUGGCACCGAAUGUCUUGAAUUGGAGUUGUGAUGAGGUCACUGCUUGUAAUCAGAUUCUAGAGAAGGUGAACCUCGAGGGUUAUCAGAUUGGCAAAACCAAAGUGUUUCUCAGAGCAGGUCAGAUGGCAGAAUUAGAUGCUUGCCGAAGUGAGGUCUUAGGAAAAUCUGCAAGCAUCAUCCAGAGAAAAGUUCGAUCUUAUCUUGCUCGCAAUAACUUUGUCUUGUUACGGCUGUCUGCUAUAAAAAUUCAAGCCUCAUGUAGAGGACAAGUUGCACGCUAUCAUUACGAAUGCAUGAGAAGGGAGGCUGCAUCUGUGAAAAUCCAGAAACAUUACCUUAUGUAUCUUGCUAGGAAUGCCUACCAAAAGGUAUACUCCUCAGCUGUUCUUUUUCAGACAUGCAUGCGCGGGAUGGAUGCUCGUAAUGAGCUGAAAUUCAGGAAGCGGACAAGAGCUGCUAUUAUUGUUCAGAGUCAUUGUCGGAAAUUCUUGGCGCGCCAUUGUUAUUUGAGGGUAAAGAAAGCAGCAGUGACCACACAAUGUGCAUGGAGAGGAAGGGUUGCACGUAGAGAAUUACGAAAGCUCAAAAUGGCUGCUAAGGAGACUGGUGCUCUACAAGCUGCCAAAAACAAGCUGGAAAAGCAAGUUGAGGAAUUGACCUGGCGUCUGCAGUUGGAGAAACGGAUGAGGGCUGACCUUGAAGAAGCUAAAACACAGGAAAAUGCAAAACUGCACUCUGCUUUGGAAGAGAUGCAACUCCAGUUUAAAGAAACUAAAGAACUGCUUGUUAAGGAACGUGAGGCUGCGAAGAAAGCAGCUGAACACGCUCCUAUCAUACAAGAGGUUCCAGUUAUCGAUCAUGAAAUGAUUAAUAAGCUUACUUCUGAAAAUGAGCAGCUUAAGGCUUUGGUAAAUUCACUGGAAAAGAAAAUUGAUGAAACCGAGAAAAGAUUUGAGGAAACUAGUAGGCUUAGCGAAGAAAGGUUAAAGCAGUCUUCAGAGGCAGAGACAAAGAUAAUUGAACUAAAGACUGCCAUGCAAAGGCUAGAAGAAAAACUUUCUGACAUGGAAACUGAGGACCAAAUUUUGCGUCAGCAGACAUUGCUUAAUUCAUCUUCAAGGAGAAUGUCUGAACAUUUAGGAAUUUCAGUAGCUGAGCCCAAAGGAAAUGGUCAUCAUGAACCACUAAGUGCUAUACCCUCAAAAAAGUUUGGCGCAUCUGAUAGUAAACUGAGAAGAUCUCAAAUUGAAAGGCAGCAUGAGAAUGUAGAUUCUCUGAUCAAAUGCGUGUCACAAGAUAUUGGCUUCAGCGAAGGGAAGCCGGUUGCAGCAUUUACCAUAUACAAAUGUCUUCUUCACUGGAAAUCAUUUGAAGCUGAAAGAACAAGUGUAUUUGACCGCCUUAUACAGAUGAUUGGUUCUGCAAUAGAGGACCAAGAUAACAAUGAUCAAAUGGCUUACUGGCUUUCAAACACAUCUACAUUGCUUUUCAUGCUUCAACGAAGUUUAAAAGCUACUGGUACUGCACCACGGAAGCCUCCUACGCCAACAUCUUUGUUUGGGCGGAUGGCGCAGGGCUUCCUCUCAUCUUCAGCCAACCUCUUAGUUGGCCCACUUGAUGUAGUGCGACAAGUUGAGGCAAAAUAUCCAGCCUUGCUCUUUAAGCAGCAACUUACUGCAUAUGUGGAGAAGAUAUAUGGAAUCAUUCGAGACAAUUUAAAAAAGGACUUGUCACCACUGCUUUCUUCUUGUAUCCAGGCACCCAGAACAUCAAGAGGAAAUAUUCUAAAAUCAUCUGGAGGGCGAAAUGGCAGUAGUCCUCAAGCUAAUUCCUGGUUCAGCAUCAUUGAUAACCUGAAUGGACUUCUCUGUACAUUGAAAGAAAAUUUUGUGCCUCCAGUUCUUGUUCAGAAGAUAUUUACCCAAACUUUCUCAUAUAUCAACGUACAAUUAUUUAAUAGCCUUCUUCUACGUCGAGAGUGUUGCACAUUCAGCAACGGGGAAUAUGUGAAAUCUGGGUUAGCUGAAUUAGAGCUGUGGUGUUGCCAAGCAAAAGAAGAGUAUGCUGGCUCGUCAUGGGAUGAACUCAAACAUGCGAGGCAGGCUGUUGGAUUCUUGGUCAUACACCAGAAGUCUAGAAUAUCGUAUGAUGAAAUUACAAAUGAUCUAUGCCCAAUCUUGAGCGUUCAACAGCUUCAUAGAAUAUGCACGCUAUAUUGGGAUGACAAUUACAACACCCGAAGUGUAUCUCCAGAUGUGAUUUCUAGCAUGAAGAUUAUUAUGACCGAUGAUUCCAAUGAUGAUGAUAGUAUCUCCUUUUUGUUGGAUGACAACUCCAGCAUUCCGUUCUCAGUUGAUGACAUUUCUAGUUCCUUUCAAGACAAGAAAUAUUCAGAUGUAAAAGCUCCAGAAGAACUCAUCGAGAAUCCAGCCUUCCAAUUUUUACAGGAUUAAGGCGGGUGAUUCUUCAAUUGUCUUCUGUUUGUGCUUCAAAUAUUUGAUAAAACAUUCAACCGAGCUUUUAAACUCUCAACACCCUGUCAAUGAAUGUCCCGGACUGUAAAUCCGCCUCCGAAAUUUUCCUUUUCUUGUAUUCCUUCUAUUCAUUGUAACUUCUUAUGCGCUGGAUGUAAAAUUAUUCUUUUAAAUUAGGACUGUAAAGUUUCAUAGGCCGGUUUAGGGUUAGCUUAUUUGGGCAAGAAUAGGUUUUGCACAUCAAGUGCAAUUAUUAUUUUCUUUUAAUUUCUUCUCUUUUUUUUAAUGGGUCACCUUGGGUCCAGCAUUCCUUGUAGGAUAUGGUAGGAGGGAAGAAAAAGAGGGAAAAAAAAAAAACAAAUAUCAUGUGGUGUGGUGGGACAAGCUGAUAUGAAGACUACUGCUUCUUGUCCCCAGAAUUCAUGUAGUACAAAGCAGAAUACAUUCAGAUCUAUGUAGUAGAAUUGCUUGGCAUGUGGUUUUAGCAAAAACCCAUUGUAAGACUUAUAUGACUUGGGUUAUACCAUAGAUUAUUGUUUUAUAAUAUAACUG